CGGGUCGUGGAGGUGUUGCCCGCGGGGCAGGAGGGGGAGGGCAGCGGUAAGAACCCAGGUCGUGCAGCUGCUUCGGGAAAGGAUGCCGGAGAUGGCGAGAAAACUGCCAAUAAUUCUAGCGCCGACUCGGGAGGAAAUUAUACUCUAGGCCAACCUGCGCAUGAGGACGGCUUCACGACCUGGCGCGACUUCUGCGCGCUGAUCUCCAGGAGUCCGGUUCUCGAGAAAGUUCUGUUGGGCCCAGCCAGUGAAGGAGAAAACGGUCAUCUGGGUGGUCGAAACGAAGGAGACUUUUCUACUGCAGGUUCAUCUGCUAACACUAGUUUCACUACUUCCAAAACGAGCAAAGCGAAAGCGCAUGGUCCUCUCCAACCCAGUGACACGAGGGAGAGCGACCGGCUGUCUGCAACAAACAACUCCUCCGGGGUAGUUCUUGGGCCAGGUGGAGAGUAUUAUCAUCGUGGGCAACAAGACCGCGGCCCAAUCCCAAACGACCAAGAAGACCGCCUCUCAAAAACGUCCAGCACAGCAAAUAGCAAGCAGGAGCAAUUGAGCGGAGGUGCCGCAGCUUCCUCUACUACAAGCAUUGGAGGGGGAGGAAGUGAUGGUGGAAAAAAGAGCACCGCUCCGACGCUACUGGAAAGAGCGGAAGUACCAAUGCAACACAAGAACUCCGCCG